AAAAAAAAGAGGGAAAAAAGAGAUAAACCCUACACUCCGAUCUCCGUCUCUUUACCCACUUCUGGUUUCUUCUUCUUCCAUCGUUGCCGCAACUGCACGUACGAUCCCGAAUCAGGUAGUUCAUUCUUCAGUUAGGCCUCAGUUUUCUUCAUUUCCAUGGCGGUCGAUAAACUUCUGAAAGAUGAAGCGAGCGAAGAGAAGGGAGAGCGUGCUAGAAUGGCAUCAUUCAUUGGUGCUAUGGCGAUUGCUGAUUUGGUUAAGACAACAUUAGGACCAAAGGGGAUGGAUAAAAUUCUCCAAUCUACUGGCAGAGGAAGGCAAGUCACUGUCACCAAUGAUGGUGCCACCAUUUUAAAGUCUCUCCAUAUCGAUAAUCCAGCUGCCAAAGUGCUUGUCGACAUUUCAAAAGUUCAAGAUGAUGAAGUGGGUGAUGGCACAACCUCAGUUGUUGUUUUGGCUGGAGAACUUCUAAGGGAAGCAGAGAAGUUGGUUGCUUCAAAGAUUCAUCCAAUGACAAUUAUAGCAGGUUAUAGAAUGGCUGCAGAAUGUGCCCGUAAUGCAUUGCUGCAGAAAGUGGUGGAUAACAAAUCAGAUUUAGAGAAAUUUAAAUCAGACUUGAUGAAGAUUGCAAUGACUACUCUGAGUUCCAAAAUUCUAUCACAAGACAAGGAACAUUUUGCUCAAUUGGCAGUGGAUGCCGUUAUGAGGCUAAAGGGGAGCACAAACUUGGAGUCAAUUCAAAUCAUCAAGAAACCUGGAGGAUCGUUGAAGGAUUCCUUUUUAGAUGAAGGGUUUAUUCUUGACAAAAAAAUUGGUAUUGGCCAACCCAAGCGCAUAGAGAAUGCCAAAAUUUUAGUGGCAAAUACUGCUAUGGACACCGACAAAGUCAAGAUUUAUGGUGCUCGAGUUCGAGUUGAUUCAAUGGCAAGAGUUGCUGAAAUUGAGGGUGCUGAAAAGGAUAAAAUGAGAGAGAAGGUGAAGAAGAUAAUUGGUCAUGGAAUCAACUGCUUUGUUAACAGACAGUUGAUCUACAAUUUCCCGGAGGAACUAUUUGCAGAUGCAGGAAUACUUGCCAUUGAGCAUGCUGAUUUUGAUGGCAUAGAGCGUCUGGCUUUAGUAACUGGUGGUGAGAUUGCUUCAACUUUUGACAAUCCGGAAUCUGUGAAGCUUGGACAUUGCAAGUUGAUUGAGGAGAUUAUGAUUGGCGAGGACAAACUGAUCCAUUUUUCUGGUGUGGGAAUGGGUCAGGCGUGUACAAUUGUGCUAAGGGGUGCAAGUCAUCACGUCCUUGAUGAGGCUGAAAGGUCUCUGCAUGAUGCCUUGUGUGUACUGUCUCAGACAGUCAAUGACAGCAGAGUCCUGCUUGGAGGUGGAUGGCCCGAGAUGAUUAUGUCAAAAGAAGUAGAUGAGUUGGCUAGGAAGACUCCUGGGAAGAAAUCACACGCCAUUGAAGCUUUUUCACGUGCUCUACAGGCUAUUCCAACAAUCAUUGCUGAUAAUGCUGGGUUGGAUAGUGCUGACUUGAUUGCGCAGCUCCGGGCUGAGCAUCACAAGGAAGGUUGCAAUGCAGGGAUCGACGUCAUCUCUGGUUCGGUAGGGGAUAUGGCUGAACUUGGUAUCUCAGAAGCUUUCAAAGUGAAGCAGGCCGUAUUGCUUUCUGCAACGGAGGCUGCUGAGAUGAUUCUUAGAGUUGAUGAAAUCAUCACAUGUGCCCCUAGGAGGAGAGAAGAUAGAAUGUGAAAGAGGCCACUCUUUUACGUUCUUCAGAAAGGACUGUGUUAUCUUUAUUGGCAGCAGUGUUGUGAAUGUUUGUUACAUCAUGCAGGGUUGGUCGGAUUUUGUUAGGGAGGUUGCAUUUUUCUUGCAAGAAUUUUGGGUUUUCUUCACUGCCUAGUUUUUCUGAUCGUGUGGGUAAUGCCUUUCCUUCAUCAACUUUUACCAGAGGAUGCAAAUAGUUUGAUUGCCCAACUGUUGUAGGAAGCAUCUUCUGAAUCUUAAUAUAUAGUGUCUUUUUCAAAUGCAGGAUUGAUCCUUUA